GACGUCUCACGAGUUCAGGAGUUGAGGAACUUUGCAUACAUGGUUCAGGACCUAAGCAAUUUGCUUCUGCAAACGAAACGCUGAGUUUUCCAUUUGCUUGGAGAAACUACAAGACAUUAGUCUCGGAAUUCCUAACUUUUUGAAAUGGCUCUCGCAGAUGCGAUGCUGCCGUCGAUAAACACGUUUUCAAACAGCCAGACAUUGGAGGAGAAGCAGUCUGAAAUUGUCCAUCUCUGGAAGGUUGACGAGAACAAAACCGGUACAACUCGCGAUGACCUGAAACCCCUAAUUGAAGUCGAGUUCAGCAUUGUGGAGUCACCUUCUUCGAUCAAAGACGAGGAUGACCUUGCCAAGUUCUUGGAUUUAGAGUUCAUCUUGUCGAACACAAUUGCAUCUGGAAACGGCUCGCAGCCUUCAACUUACCCGCUGCCAGAGUCACCGGAGAGCUGCAGCACUGUGUGUGACAGUGACGGCUCCCAUCCCGCACCCGCGUACAGUAACGGCAACUUUACCACAAGCCCGGGUCACAGUUUGGUAGCAGAGCUACUGACCCCAGAAAUGAACUACCAGGGUGACUUGCAGCAGGACUACAGUUUUAAAUCGGCAAUGGACAGACGGGAGUACACUGAGUUACGGGCUCUGAACAUGGGUCAUCCCAUCCAUGUGCCCGUAGACAGUGUUCCGCACAUGGGGCAUAAAAUUAAGACUGAGAACUUCGAACAGUCGUGCAUGAUGGCCCGUGAUUUCAUGGACGAGAUGUACGAGCAGAAACCGCGUGUCCUGCACCACGCGCACCCGCACCACCAGCCUGCACUCCAGGGGUUCGCGCACCCCGGAGUGCAGCAGCAUUCGCCCCAAGAAGCAAUGGUGCGCAAAGACUGUCAUUUGACACCGAUGCAUCCGCACCAUCAGCCCCACGUAACGCAUCAGCGACAGUACAUGGGCAAUCCGCCUUACCCGCCCCAGUACCCCCACCACCAAGGUUCCCAAAGUGCGCAACAGUAUCACGGACAGUACGGGAUGUUCAGGGAACCCUUGCGUGUUCACCACCCGACCAUGCCCGGCAUGAUGCUGACACCGCCGUCUUCGCCGCUUCUGGAGUUCUUCGCACCAGAUGACUGCAAGCCAAAGCGAGGGCGUCGGUCCUGGGCGAGAAAACGCACCGCGACGCACAGCUGCGAGUUCCCCGGCUGUGGGAAGACAUACACCAAGAGUUCGCACCUGAAGGCUCAUAUGCGAACACAUACAGGUGAGAAGCCAUACCACUGCAACUGGGAGGGCUGUGGUUGGAAGUUCGCCAGGUCAGACGAGCUGACGCGUCAUUAUAGGAAACACACUGGACAUCGGCCGUUCCAGUGUCACCUGUGCGAGAGAGCCUUCUCCCGAUCCGACCAUUUGGCACUGCACAUGAAGAGGCAUAUGUAGAACGGACGCCAUCUAGUCUUUGAACUGUUGUUUAGCACUCCAUUUUCAAAUGACUUUGUAUUUAUAUUGUAACGUACUUUUUGGGUAUGGGCAUGGCAUGUAAAUAUUUUGAUAUAUCUAUUUGUCACUAAAUUAAGACAGUAUUUAAGAAGAAAGGCGCAUCACCCUUUAAAAUUAGACCUGUACUAGACAUAAAUUAUUGAAGGUGAAGCCAUGCUUGGCACCAGUAGAGGCUAAUUUGGCAAUAGAAUUUUGAACAGGGCAGGACCCCUAAGAGAUUUUUGUACAUAUUUUUAAUGCAAUUUUCCUGUGUUCUAUUUUUUCAUUGUACAAUUUUGGCAAUUUCUGCCUGAAGUUAGGGAAGAAUUUUUUUUACUUUAUUGAGCUUUUCUAUUGGAGCGCAGAGUGUGUUCAGUUUUCAUACUUAUUUCAAAGUUACCCUUUCAAGGAAAUAUGUUUGCUUCUCUCUGAAAUGCAUUUCAAUUACCAGAUGGUUGCUUUCGAUUUUAUUACUGAGGUGUGCAAAGGGUUGCAGAAUUAGGUACUGACAGACUGCCCUUCAAUGAAGUUGUAUACUUUGUAAAGUAUGUGUUCUAUAGAAACGGUAUUCUAAAUAUACUUGAAAAUGUUCUAGUUCAUAUUUCUCCAACGAAAACUGGUCUCAUAGUUCUCAAAGAAGUACUUUUCCACUACUACAAUGCUAAGUGCCUCACAACAAAAGUGUAAUGUGUUCACGCACAUUUCCAACACUUCAAACUGAGGCCUUUUUUGUAAAUCUGACACUAGACUGGAGAGAAAUUGUAAAUUACCUGUAAAAGUGUUUUAUUAAAAAUAAAACAGAAAAAAUAUAA